AUGGCUCUUUCUUGUCGCGUGUCCGGGCGCUACUUGAAAGGCCUUCAUCAAUGGCCUGCCCGUCCAUUACCGCCAGCCGUCAUUCACUACGCAUCGCGCCCAUACUCCGAUGGGACCAGACCGCCCAAUCCUGACUCCAACUCCCCAGUGGCCUCGAGUAACACCAAAUCCGGCCCAAAUGCAGCCCAAAAAGAACCAGGGCCUAUGGCCCGCCGGCUGGAAGAGGCCACAGAAGAAGCUCUCUUUACGGGCGGACGAGCCGGACGACGCGCCGUCGAAGACGCCGGGUUCAACGAGGAACUCAAGCAACGCCUGCUAGACAAGGUCGCCGACGCCAAGUUCCGCGAAGAACAUGCCGCGUCAUUACGAGAGGCCGGCCUCACAAGCAACAUACCAGAAGCAGCCGGCCGGGGGACCCGAGACGUCGCGACUGCGCAGCCGUGGACGGGGACAGAGACCGAGUCCGACGCAGUCCUGCGGAUGCUUAGCGAUGCGCACAAGCCUCUGAAGCCCGGGCUUCGGGGCAAGCCAAACAUCCCUAUACCAGUGGAUAUGCGACUCAAGAAGCAACCUGUCGUCAGUGCUGGCAGGAAGGUGGCGAAUGCGAAGGAGGCGGCCUCUGUAUACGCUGGAAUGGCCAGCAAAGACAAAGAGAAGGGCCUGAGCGACAAGGAGAGAGAAGCCAUGAAGAAGGAGCUGCGCGAUCGCUUUGCGCCGGCGGCUCGGGCGUUGCCAAAUACCAUCUCCGGUCUCUCUGCCCUAGCAAACGAGAGAAUCGAAGAUGCGAUCGCACGAGGGCAAUUCAGACACAUACCACGCGGAAAAGGGGUCGAGCGCGACUCGAGGGCCGACAAUCCGUUUAUAGAUACCACCGAGUACAUCAUGAACAAGAUGAUCAAGAAGCAGGAGAUGGUGCCACCGUGGAUCGAAAAGCAGCAGGAAGUCGUCAAGGCCGCCACCGUUUUCAGAGCGCGGCUGCGCAAUGACUGGAAGCGACAUGCGGCCCGGAUGAUCGCAAGCCGCGGGGGCUCCCUGGAGCAUCAGAUACGCACUGCGGAAGAAUAUGCUCGGGCGGAGGAGGUGCACAACCCGCGGCGUAGGAACUCCGACCAGGUGGCCGUGCCGACAAAUACGACGGACGACGUCGUGAUGGUAGCAAUGCGGCAGGAGGCCCUGCCAGUGUCACCAGCCGAUGUUCCCGCCCCAUCCCCAGCUGCCACGUCCGAGCCCGAGGUCACGCUGACGAGGCCUUUUCGGGACGCCGACUGGGAGGCUACCGAACGAUCAUACAUGGAGCUAGCCAUCAACAACAUGAACACGCUCACACGAGCGUAUAACCUGAUGGCUCCUGAGCUGGCGAAGAAGCCGUAUUUCUCCCUGGAAAGGGAGCUCAAGGCCUGCUUUGCCGAUGUCGCACCACUAGUCGCCAACGAGAUCAAGGACCGCGCUAGACGGCCAUCGAGGCCAGCUCAGGGCCAGCUUGGGCCCCAGGCCGGCAGUUUGCUGGAUCACUUUGUGAUGGAGGGUAAGUCCAGCAAGGUUUACGACUCUAGAGCACCUCAUUACGGCUUUAAGGAAUUCUGGAAAGACCUCUGGCAGCGAUCGCCAUGA